UCUUACCCUCUUCCAAAGGGAGCCUUAAGAACUGACAUUAAAGCUGAUGUGAAGUUGCUAUCAUUGGUGGAAAACCAGGAGACUCAGAAGGAUCAAAUUGCAGGGGAAUGGUGGGUUCAGCAGCCGUGCCGUCCAAUCCCAAGUUUCCCGCCCCAAUUCCCCGUCGACUGGACCUCACCACCGCCCACCUCAUCACCAACGCCGCCGCGCUCCGGCUCGGCAACUCCCUCUGUCGCCGUCUUCGUCUCUCGUGCCUGCUACGCUCCUCCUUCAAGAAUAUUUGUCAUCAUGCUGGUGCUUCCACGUUUACGGCCCUUCAACUUGAUGGGUUUGAUCUUCUUGACUGGUCACGGGAUGUGCUCUCUACUGCGUGUAUGAGCUUUUCUUUUAUCAGUGGAGGUGGAAGUAGAAAGGAUUCCAAAGGGUUUGGAAAGUCAUACUCAAAUUCAUCUAGGCAUUUCAUAUCUAAUGACCGGAAAUGGACCAAUCUUCUCCUAGCCAUUAACAUAUUAGCUUAUAUUGCUCAAAUUGGAACAAAAGGGCAACUAUUAUUUUUGGGAGCGAAGAUCAAUAGUCUAAUAGACAAAGGACAAAUAUGGAGGUUGGUUACUUGUUCGUUCCUGCAUGCAAAUGUCGGGCAUCUCCUGGUCAAUUGUUAUUCCUUAAAUUCUGUUGGACCAGCCAUUGAGAAAAUUAGUGGUCCGAGAAGAUAUAUUGCUGUUUACUUGAUCUCCGCAAUUGCAAGUUCAACAUUUAGUUACUGGCACAGUAAAGCACCUGCAGUUGGUGCAUCGGGAGCAAUUUUCGGACUAGUUGGAUCUUUUGCUGUGUUUGUAUUGAGACAUAGAGGCACAGUCAAGGGCACCGAGGGGGAUCUUGUUUAUAUAGCACGCAUAAUUGCUCUAAAUAUGGCCAUUGGGUUUUUAUCAAAAGGCAUCGAUAACUGGGGACAUCUCGGCGGUUUAGUAGGAGGAGCUGCAACAUCAUGGCUCGUUGGUCCUGCAUGGAAGCUUGAAUCUGUGAGCGAAGGCCGGAGAGUCUUUGCUGACAAGGCACCAAUCUUCUCUCUCAUUAAGAGCAGAAAGACCAAGCCUUAAUUCAAAUGAACUGGUUUGGGGCUUUUCUGGGAAGCUUCUGUAUAACAUGAAAAUUUGAAACUGCUACAAUCUAUGUUUAGUUGGUAUGUUGUUGUGUCCUGCUCAAAUUUUCUGUUCAAUGAUCUGUUUGUGUAUUAUGAAUAUUUGUACAGACUGCAGUUCUGAAAUAACAAGUCAAAAGUUAUUCCUGAUA